AUGGGAGCUUGUCAGAGCUUUAGGGAAAUGUGUGAUCGUGAAAAGAACACUAAUGUUCGUCUGAGUCUUCCAGCCGUUUGCAUUGUGUGGCAGACUGCCAUGAUCAUCUUGUUUGGGGUUUUUAUGCGUUAUAAUCAUGAGUCGGAUGCACACUGGGUAGAGCACAGAAAACAAUUAAAUGUAACUGACAUUGAGAAUGACUUCUACUUCAGAUAUCCAAGUUUCCAAGAUGUCCAUGUGAUGAUAUUUGUUGGAUUCGGUUUCCUCAUGACGUUUCUUAAGCGAUACAGCUUCGGAGGAGUAGGUUUCAACUUCCUCAUCGCUGCCUUCGGUCUUCAGUGGGCACUGCUGAUGCAGGGCUGGUUCCACUGGCUUGACACUGAUGGGAAGAUCAAAAUUGGAAUUGAAAACCUGAUCAAUGCUGAUUUCUGCGUGGCCGGCUGCUUAAUUGCCUAUGGAGCGUUGCUGGGAAAAGUCAGUCCAGUCCAGCUAAUGGUUCUGACUUUGUUUGGGAUUACACUGUUUGCUGUGGAGGAAUUUAUCAUCAUAAGUGUUAUACAUGCCAGAGAUGCUGGAGGCUCCAUGGUAAUUCACACAUUUGGAGGCUAUUAUGGUCUUUCCAUAUCAUGGAUGCUCUAUCGUCCUAACUUGCACCAGAGCAGUCGUCUGCAGGGCUCUGUCUAUCACUCAGAUGUCUUUGCAAUGAUUGGCACCCUGUUCCUGUGGAUGUUCUGGCCCAGCUUCAACUCAGCUAUCUGUGAUCAUGGGGAUGGGCAGCACAGAGCCGCCAUCAACACUUACCUUUGUUUGGCCUCAUCUGUCCUCACCACUGUGGCCAUCUCGAGCCUCUUCCAGAAGCAUGGGAAAGUAGACAUGGUUCACAUCCAGAACUCCACACUUGCUGGAGGCGUUGCAGCUGGAACAGCAGCUGAGUUCAUGCUGAUGCCCUAUGGCUGUCUUAUUGUAGGUUUCUGCUGUGGCGUCAUCUCCACACUUGGAUAUAUCUUUCUCACGCCAUUCAUGGAGAAGCACCUGAAGAUCCAGGACACGUGUGGAAUCCACAACCUCCACGCUAUGCCAGGAGUUAUAGGUGGCAUUGUGGGAGCCAUUACAGCUGCAUCUGCAUCUGUUGAAGUUUAUGGCCAUGAAGGGCUGGUGAACACCUUUGACUUUACGGGUGAUUUCAAACAUAUGGUACCCACAACGCAGGGCGGUCACCAGGCAGCAGGCCUCUGUGUGGCGUUGUGCUUUGGUAUAGGUGGAGGCAUCAUUGUUGGCGCUAUCUUAAGGCUACCUAUCUGGGGAGAUCCUGCAGAUGACAACUGCUUUGAUGAUGAGACCUACUGGGAGGUCCCAGAGGAGGAGGAGGAGAGCAUCCCAACAAUCCUGCAGUACAACAACCACAUGCGAAACAAAGAUAUUGGAGAGGAACAGCAGAUUAACCAUGAUCCUAUCCGCUCACCGCUAGCCCCUUCAUACGCUCCGUUACACCAGCAUUUAAAAGGAGGAGGGGACACCAUUCAGGCCCGUGAUAUGAAUCCCAGACGUGGGGACAAGAACAGAGCUUUCACCCCUGUCUCACAGCAAAGACCUCUUUCUGGCACCCUCUAA